AUGACACAGUCUACAAUCUUUAUCAACGGAAGGUUGUUUGGUGACGCAAAAGAUGCAACAGAAGAUGCCGUCUAUCAUGAUUCCAUGAUCAUCGAUGGAUCCAGGAUCGUUCACGUUGGAAAGGAAACCGACAAGCCAGUACAACAAGCGAAAGAAGCAGGCGCCAAUGUCAUCAACCUAGAGAACCGAGUUGUGGUUCCUAGCUUUAUCGACAGCCAUGUCCAUCUACUCUUCUUUGGUCUCUCGUUAAAGAAGCUGGACGUAUCACAAUGCGCGUCACUCGAGGAUAUACAGAACACCAUCUCCAAGUAUGCCAAGGAGCAUCCAGAGCUGCCUCGGAUUCUAUGCAAGGGCUGGAUGCAAUCCGUCACAGAUGGCGAGGGUCUGGCCAAAUGGUUGGACGACUUGGACCCUCGUCCCAUCUACAUCGAAGCUUUCGAUCUACACUCUUCAUGGUUAAGCACUGCGGCCUUGAAAGAGCUUCCAGUGGAAGAGAUGAAGGCUACUUGCGGAGAACACGUCACCUGUGACGAGGCUGGAAAUCCAACUGGUCUGCUUGCUGAAACAGCCCAGUCUGCCUUUGUCUGGCCUCAUAUAGUUGGUGCUUGCACAACUGAAGAGAAGCAAGCUGCGCUUCAGACCGCCUUUGAAGCGUACAUCGAGGCUGGAUACGCCGGAGUCAUCGACAUGGCCAUGGAUAUGAACUACUGGGAGGCUCUCGAAGAGUAUCGCAAAACCAAAGGUCUUCCUGUUCACUUUGCCGCUCACUGGCUCAUCCCUUACGAAUCAGACGAAGAGGCGCAGCUUAAACACAUCGAGGAGGCCAUCGCCAUGAACCAGAAGUGGCAUCCUUCACGGUCGCCCGACUUUUGCGUCGUCGGAGUGAAGAUCAUAAGCGACGGCGUGGUGGAUGGAUGUACCGCGGCGAUGAGCUACCCAUAUGGUAAGAGCAAGGAGAUUGUUCCGCCGUUGUGGCCAGGGGACGCUCUGCAAAAGGUCAUCAAGCGGGUGGUUGAAGCCGGAAUGCAGUGUGCGGUACACGCCAUUGGAGACGCUGCAAUCACACAGGCAAUCGAUGGCAUCGCCAGCGCCAAUAGUCCCCGGGGAAGACAUCGCAUCGAGCAUCUGGAACUUGCCAGUGCUGAAGAUGCCAAACGCCUCGGUAAGCUGGGAAUCACAGCAUCCAUCCAGCCCGUCCACAGCGACCCUUCACUCAACUCUGCCUAUGCCAAGCUCAUCAGACCUGCGACAUGGGAGAGGGCUUUCCCUUACCGCGAGUUUCUUGAGGGACACGCCUGCGUCGCGAUUGGUACAGACGCGCCAACAGCUCGACACCUACCGUUCCCAAACCUGUACAAUGCCACAACAAGAAAGUCUGCGCUCCAGCCGACAUCAAGCGCCAAGUGCAACGCCGAUGCCGCGCUCACGCUGUCGCAGGCUGUAACUGCGGCUACUUCUGGCGCGGCAUACUCUCGUUUCGCGGAGGAGUGGACUGGGAGCUUGAAGGCGGGACUGAGGGCGGAUUUCUUAACGCUGGAUACGCAGUGGACGCCAGAGUCUCUGCUGGAAGCUAGGGUAUAUCAGACUUGGAGCCAGGGCAAGGUCGUUUACCAAGCGAAGCCGGAGGUGUUGAACUAG